ACACUCUGGAGAAGUCUGCAUUACAGCAUUAGUUUGAAAGCUUUUGCGAUGGCCGAUCAAUUUCAGGAAGUUCCUCUUCCACCGUCCGUUGAGCAGUUGCUUCUUGAAAUAUGUAUGCAACAGAACCAGCCACCGCCUGAUGCCAAAGUGCGACUGGCGUUAGCUUCAUUGGGUGAAGAAGCAGCUCUUGAUACUCUCCACAAAAUCUCCUCACGCGCUGUUAGGAGCCUUGGCGGGUUCAUCCUGCAUAUGGUUCGUAAUGAUCCUUGUACUCCUCAGAAGAAGAUGGUUUGGGUUUCUCCGCACCAGAGUCCUUCCUCUUCCGGCGUUUCUCCGUUUCAAAGUCCUUCGACUUGCUCCGUUUCUCCGCAUCAAAGUCCUUCAACUUGCCGCGUUUAUAGCCCUCAAGGGUUAGGGACUACUGAGAGAACAAGCUUUCAGCCGCCGACUCUAGAAAAAUCCGGAAGUUUUUCGUCUUCGGUUUCAGAUAGAGCAAACAUUCCACAAUUUGUGGCGCUGGGAGAACUCGAGUUCAGAAAAGCGUUUCUUAUAUUGAGUUACAUUGGAGGAGAAAGUCUUGAAAUGGUCGCAACAGCAGACCAAAUUCGAAGUCUGAGCCAGUUACCGAUGGAAAAGUUCGAGCUUGAAGUUUGGAAAACAUUUGGUGAAAAAUGUGUUAGUAAGGAAGACCGCCGAGUGAAUGUUGAUUGGGAUCGUAGGAAAACACACAUCUAUCACUGUUAUGUUGCAUUAGAUGGGAGUUACAAGUUCAAGGGCCCAUUUUUGAACAAUACAAAAACUCAUCUGCAAAGGGUGUUAGGCGAUGACAAUGUUUUGAUGGUCAAGUUUGCAAAAGACACAUCUGAUAGAUGUUCAACAAACCAUCUUGGUGGUUCCUUUUAUGCUUAUAACAAGAUCGCUAGAGAUGGAAUCCUUCUUGGAUUGCGUCAGUAUUGUUUUUUUGUUUUCAAAGAUGGUGGCAAGGAGGAAAAAAAGAAGAAUCCAACCGCAUCAGCAGUGAAGUGUUACUUUGUCCGAAUGGAGUCAGAUGCAUAUCUUGAUAAGAUUAGACCUUAUAAAUUAUCAAAUAAAACUCUUUUUGAAGCUAGGAGUCUUUUCAUGCAUGCACAUAUGGUGUCUAGUGUAGCAAGCUACAUGGCUAGGUUUUCACUCAUUCUGUCAAAGAGCAUAAACCUCAAAAUUGAUUUAUCUACAGUUAAUGUUCAAAGAAUUGGGGAUAUACCGUGCAAAGAUGUCUAUGGUAAUGUCAUCUAUAGAGAUGGAAAACCUCUUAUACAUACAGAUGGAACAGGAUUUAUAUCGGAGGACUUGGCUUUGGAGUGCCCUAUGAAUGUAUUUAAAGGGCAGGCAAAGCAUGAUACCAACCUUAAGAGAUUUUCCGCCUUUGAAGAGUUCCAGAAUAAGACUUUACAACUGACACUGCCAGGACUUGAACUGCGGGAACCACCCUUGCUAAUUCAGUUCCGACUUUUUUACAACGGUCGUGCUGUUAAAGGAACAUUUCUAAUUAAUAAACAGCUUCCUUCUAGAACAAUUCAAAUCCGCAAUUCUAUGAUUAAAGUUGAAAUAGAUCCAAAUCUUGAAAAUGCCAAAACAGAGAAUUCAAUGGAGGUAGUAGGGACCAGUAAUCAUCCAAAGAAGACAUUUCUUUCAAGAAACUUAAUAGCACUUCUGAACUAUGGAGGUGUCCCAAGAGAGUAUUUCAUGAAUAUCCUUGUGGAUGCUUUGAGCGAUGUUCAGGGUGUUUUCUCUAGUAAGCGUGCAGCUUUAAGAGUUUCCAUUAACAACGGCGAUUUGGAUGACUUCCUAGUUGCAAGAAUGAUUUUAUCUGGAAUUCCUCUUGAUGAAUCAUAUUUGCAAUAUCGAUUGUCUAUGCUGCUGAGGGAGGAGAAAAAGAGCUUGAAAAGUGGAAGGCUUCACGUGCCUGGAUGUUAUUAUUUAAUGGGGACAGCUGAUCCUACCUGUACUCUUGAAAGCGAUGAAGUCUGUGUUAUCCUUGAGAAUGGACAAAUCAACGGGAAGGUUCUUGUUUAUCGCAAUCCUGGACUACAUUUUGGUGAUAUCCAUGUUUUAACGGCUAAAUAUGUGGAGGAAUUGGUACCUGUAGUGGGAAAUGCAAAAUAUGCUAUAUUCUUCUCUUGCAAGGGUCCCCGUUCCGUGGCUGAUGAAAUAGCUGGUGGUGAUUUUGAUGGUGAUAUGUACUGGGUUUCGAGAAAUUCUCAAUUGUUAGAGUAUUUCAGACCAGGUGAACCUUGGAGGCCAAGUCCUUCAAUGGAAGGAAUAACUAAUAAAAAGCCAAAUGAAUUUUCUGCUGAGGACCUAGAGGAUGAGCUAUUUAAAUUAUUCUUGACAACUAGGUUUCAGCCGAGUUAUGCUAAGAGUGUUGCAGCUGACAACUGGCUGGCUUUAAUGGAUCAAUUACUAAUGCUGGGUGAAGAUCGUAAAGAAGAAAGAAAUCGUGUAAGGGCAAAGAUUCUCCAGUUGAUCAAUAUAUAUUAUGAUGCUUUAGAUGCACCUAAAAAAGGCGGGAAAAAGAUAGAAGUUCCAAAACACCUAAAGGCGGGAACUUUGCCACAUUUCAUGGAAAGGGGAAAAAAUUCAUAUACAUCAACUUCAAUUCUUGGACAAAUUUUUGAUACCGUUAACAUGUAUCAAGAAGAAGUGCCAAACAUUGAGGUUCAGAAACUUCCUUGCUUUGAAGAUCAAGUGCCGGAUGAUAUCUUGAUGAAGUGGAAGUUCCACUAUGAGAUGUACCGAGCCGAGAUGAAAGAUGCCAUGCAGCUUGAUCCUGAUGCCAAAAACGUAGCCGCUGAAGCAACCAUUAAAAAGUACAAGGAGAUAUUAUAUGGUGCCGAAGAGCUCGAGGGUAGCCCGAGAUGGUUGGAGGAAGUAUGCAAGGAAGCUCUUGCAAUUUAUCACGUCACAUAUGACCAUGCCAUGAGCCAUGGCAGUGUGCGCUAUUGCAGCUUUGCGUGGAGAGUUGCAGGUUCCGCUCUCUUCAAGCUCUGUGCCAGAAAACAAUCCGAAAGGAGCUUUCUUUGUCUCCCUUCAGUUAUGCGUGAGAUUUUUGGUUAAAAUCAGUAGUUUUAUAAAUGUAAAUGCACUGUAUAUACUCUGAGAUGUAAAUAAUCUUAUGUAAAGUAUGGUCAAUGUUAGGGAUCAUAUUAAAAUGUAA